AUGGAUUAUACUGUUGGCGGGAUUAUUGGAGUAUUGGUAAUAGUCUUUGGUAUUCAGAUGUUGUGCAAGCUUAUGAAGAAAGGAAGGAACAUCCAACUCAAAAAAAAGUUCUUUGAAAGGAAUGGUGGCUUGCUGUUACAACAACAAUUAACUUCAAGUGAUGGUAGUGUUAAGAAAACACAAAUAUUUACAUCAGAGGAGUUGGAAAAAGCCACUGAUCGUUUCAAUGAUAACAGAAUACUUGGUCAGGGAGGUCAGGGCACAGUGUACAAGGGAAUGCUAGCAGAUGGAAGAAUUGUUGCCGUCAAAAUGUCCAAAUUAGUUGAUGAGGAAAACUUACAAGAAUUUAUUAAUGAACUUGUGAUUCUUUCUCAGAUAAAUCACAGGAAUGUUGUUAGGUUGUUGGGAUGUUGCUUGGAGACCGAAGUUCCUUUGCUGGUCUAUGAAUUCAUACCUAAUGGAUAUCUUUUCCAAUAUCUCCAUGACCAAAGUGAGGAGGCUUCACUACCAUGGGAAAUGAGAGUAAGAAUUGCUAGUGAAAUUGCUGGGGCACUUGCAUAUUUACACUCAGCAGCUUCUAUUCCUGUUUAUCAUCGUGACAUUAAGUCCACAAAUAUACUCUUAGAUGAGAAACACAGAGUUAGAAAGGAUUCGAGCAUCCCCAAGUAA